CGAUAGUGUCGCCUCUAGUGCGUGAAAUCCGCAAGAGCUGUCAAAGGCCAAAAUGGUGUCAGUGUUGUUUUAUCUCAAAUUUUGGCUAUUUUUUCAAAUAUCCCAUGUAUUUUCUGCAAAAACCGACACAAAUCAGCACACCAGUAUCCGAUGCGAGGAGCUGUGCAGCGAAACAGCCCUUAAAUUGUCCACGAAUCUCAAACUGGAUUGCCAGCGAGGAUGCCGAUACUUCAACAUUGAAUUCCUGUCGAGUGCUGGGAAUCUCAAUAAAGUCACUGACUUGAACACCACUCAAGAUCUCUGCAAAUCUUCCUGCACCGAGGCCUACUACGAGAAGAUCAAGAGAGAGGCUUGUCAGAUGGGAUGCACGAAGAUGUUUGAGCUGCAAUCGAAGUCACCUUACAUCCAUGGGUGGCUGGUGUAUUUGGGAUCUGCGUCGGAACGGGACAGAAGUGGCGGGAUGAUGUUCCUUCAGCCGGAUUUAGAUAUUCCACCAUCCGAUGAUGACUGGAUUGUCUUUGACUCUGCCCUCCGUCCGCGUGACUACGACAGCCUCCAUCCGUACAAACUCACCGAGACGCGCAUCCAGACGAUGCCAAUCUAUCCGGUCCGGAAGCAUAUUUCCACGCAAUUCUGCAUCCCCACGUGGAUGUGGAUGAUCCCAAUUAUGCUGGUGUUUGCCAUUGUAUGGAUUCAGUAUGGAAACACCAUCAGGAAUGUCUUUAUUUACGAAGAUGUGGAAGAAGAUGAUGAAGAUACAGAGGAGGAAACGACUUCCGGAAAGAAACUUGAUGAGGACUUUAUCGUUGCUCUGGACUCGUACUUCUAUCCAAGCCCAGCCAUUCCACCACCUCCCAAGUACUCAGCCAAGGAGGAAUCAAUUCUCAUGAGUAGUGACGACGAGGAGAAUCUUCUGCGCGAGAACGCAGACAAUUCCAGUCGACAGAACAAAACCAAAGCCUAAUCUCAAUGCGAUAUCAUUGCCACCAAGCCUACUAAGUUUCUAAACGCAUAGAAAUUUUCCUUCAAUUUUUUUUGUGAUACAAUUUUUCCUGUCAAAAAAAAUGCAUUUUGUUUAACACAUUCUCCUAUUUGCAGUACAAAAACCACCGCCGAAAUUUCAUUAUCUCUCUUGGUUUUUUUUUUUUAGUAAUUAACUUAUUUUGUUAAGAAAGAAAAAAAAGUAUUAGGAUUUAUUCCUUGGGUAAUAUUAUAAAUUUUUAAUAAGAAAUUCACGAAAGACAUUCGUUAAAUUACACGAGUAAUUAAAAAGAAUUGAUAGGAUUUUUAAGGAAUCAAUAUCCCCCUCCUUUAAAAAUAUUUAAUCACAAUUUAAUCUUGUAAUUGAUAGUGAUGUAAAAAUAGGUAUAUAUUGGGUAAAGAUAAAAAAAGAAAUAGUAGAUGUGAGUGUAUUGAGACAGUUGGAUAGUUUGUGGAUUUAAAUUAAAUGUAAAAUUCGAUUCUAAAGAGCGAAAAAUUGUGCUUUUAACCAAAGACAUUUUUUAGGAUUAUUCUUAAGGAUAUUGCUUUUAUUUUUUAUUUCUUUUUUUAAAUACUCGGUUAUUUAGUAUUAGGAAUUGAGAUUUCUUUGGUAAUUUUUGUUAUUUUUAUUUGAUCUUUAUUAUUAUUUUUUAUGAGAAUUUUGAUAAAAUGUUCGCAGUCAUUUCGGUUUUAUUGCUAAAGGUAAUAUAAAAUCAACAAAAAAAAAUAAUGCGUAAAAUACAAGAGUUUUUAUAAUUUCAGAAUGAGCUUCAGAAUGGAAGUUUUAAGUACUUCAAUUAAUGAUUUUUUUUCCAGCUUUUUAUUGCAAUAAAGAUUAAAAAGAAAACAUUCGAAAGCA